CCUUCUUGCUCUAAUGUUGGAGGUGUAGUUUUGCUCUAAUGCAUGUCACUUAUUGCGAUAUUCGUUUACCUCUUAGAACUUUCCAAUACCGUCUAUCACUUAUUUUGUUUUACCUUUCCUUCCUGCUGUGAAAGUACUGUGAAGGAAUGGUUGACUUCAUCUCGGCUUAUUUUCACUGGAAUGAAAUUCUAUCACGCCUCCUCUUGGUUCAAAGAACUUUUCUGCAGAGUACUGGUUUCUUAUAUCGUAAUCUCAAGGAAUCUGGUUUCAUCCAAACACGGGAAUGUGUUACAGCUUUUGGAGUUUUGUAGAGUGUUUGGAAAGGCAAAGGAAAAACUAAAGAGAUAUAUUAAAGAUGAAAACUCAAGAUAUGCAAAAGGAGUGAAAGAAGCAAAACUUAAGAUUGAUGCAACUAAGGAAAAGGUAAAGUGUCUUGAACGGAAGUUGUGGAAUGAGAAGGCAAAAGUUGUUUCUUCAACUGUGUCUCCCUUUCCAAUGGAGGAAAAAAUAAGAACCGAGGUUGAUGAAGCACACGCUGACAUGCUCAGGUUAAAGAGCACAAAAUUCAUGAGCUCAUUUUUGUGAUCAAUGAUACAUUAUUUGACUUAUGCUUUAGCAAGUUUUCUAAACGAAAGCAACAUUCAGAUAUCAAAAUAGAAGAUGAAACUGCAACUUCACCUGAAGAAAGCUGGUCUGUUUAUAGUCCUGCAGAGAUAUCAAAAUAUAUUUCCUCAAGGUGAGUUCUUUUCUUAAAUUUAAGUGGAUUGUUCUUUUCAGAUACUUUACAUUGUAUUUCAAAAUUUGCAUUUUUAUAUUUUGUCAUAUUUUGUAAGAACUUUGAUAUACAGUUUU